AUGAAUCCACAACAACGUUCAGGCAAUCCACAACAACAACAACCAUCAGCACAACCUGAAAUUACCACACAAACAAUUCAAAAUUAUCUUGAUGAAAAUCAGCAAUUAAUAUUUGGAAUAUUAGAACGGCAAAAACAAGGACAAUUUGAUCAAUGCGAGGCGCUUCAACAAAAACUUCAAAAUAAUUUAAUCAAAUUAGCCACACUUGCAGACCAACCAAAUCAAACCACAGCAAAGCCUACAAGACCAUAA